AACUUGAACUUCGCCAUAGCACGCACACACAACACACAAAUUCUCAAAGGCUCAAACUCAAACGGUACUUACAAAAAAAAAAAAAAAAACGAAACGAAACCCACUCUCACCAUGAUAGCGUACCUAGAACACUUUGUGCACGGAAAUGACACAGAAUCGAUGCCAAACGACGACGUUUCAGCUCUCGAUGGAGCUUUUCACUUCGGCGCCACCGCCGCCGCCGGCAAGGACUUCGGCGGGAUGAAAUCCGUUAAGCCGCGGGCGGUUAUUCGCCCUGCCUUGGCCGGCGACGUGGAGAGGGCGGUGAAGGAGGCGGCGCGCACGACUUACCUGACUGUGGCGGCGCGCGGCAACGGCCACUCCAUCAACGGCCAGGCCAUGGCGGAGAAGGGCCUGGUCCUCGACAUGCGCGCCAUGGAGGACCACUUCACCCUCCUCUCUCUCGACGACGGGUCACUAUACGUCGACGUUUCGGGAGGGGCAUUAUGGGAAGAUGUCCUCAAACGCUGCGUUUCGGAGUUCCGCCUCGCGCCGCGGUCUUGGACCGAUUACCUCGGCCUGACCGUCGGCGGGACGCUCUCCAAUGCCGGCGUCAGCGGCCAGGCCUUCCGCUACGGCCCGCAAACCGCCAACGUAACGGAAUUGGAGGUGGUGAGCGGCAAAGGCGAAACCUUAGUCUGUUCCGAAUCACAAAAUUCGGAACUCUUCUUCGCCACCCUGGGAGGAUUAGGCCAGUUCGGCAUCAUAACUCGCGCUCGAGUCCCGGUUCAACAAGCCCCGGACAUGGUGAGAUGGAUAAGGGUGGUGUACACAGAAUUUGGCGACUUCACUCGAGACGCAGAGUGGCUGGUGACUCUCCGAGAGGGUGAUGGUUUUGAUUACGUGGAAGGUUUCGUUUUUGUCAACAGUGACGACCCUUGCAACGGCUGGAUCACCGUCCCCGUGGGCCCCAACCAAUACUUCGACCCGGUUCGGAUUCCUUCAACCGCCGGCCCGGUUCUCUAUUGCUUAGAACUUGCCCUUCAUUAUCGUAACCAAGACCAUCCUUCCGCAGUUGAUAUGGAGGUGGAUAGAUUACUUGGACGGUUAAGAUUCGUUGAGGGUCUAAAGUUCAGCGUGGAUGUGACGUACAUGGAAUUCUUGCUACGUGUGAAGCGUGUGGAGGAGGAUGCAAAAGCCAAUGGAAUCUGGGACGCACCCCACCCAUGGCUGAAUAUGUUCGUCUCCAAGUCCAACAUCGCUGAAUUUGAUCGUGAAGUGUUCAAGAAAAUCCUCAAGCACGGAGUUGGUGGCCCCAUUCUAGUGUACCCUCUUUUGCGAAGCAAGUGGGAUAGUCGACACUCGGUAGUGGUGCCGGACAGCAACAUUUUCUACAUUAUAGCCUUGCUCCGAUUUAUUCCACCACCCCCAAAGGGACCACCUACAGAACUAUUGGUGGAACAAAACCAUGAGAUUAUUCAGUUGUGCUACAACAGAGGCUUCGAUUUCAAGUUGUAUCUCCCUCACUACCAGUCAAAGGAGAACUGGAUGCGACACUAUGGAGAUAAGUGGUCCAGAUUCGUCGAGAGAAAGGCCAAUUUUGAUCCCUUGGCUAUUCUUGCACCUGGACAGAAAAUUUUUUCCCGAAUCCCUCAACCCUUGUCUAUCACUUAAAUAUUAAUUAUUUUAGAUUAAUAUAUUGCUUUUUUUUUCUUUUUCUUUUUCUCAACCCACUGUGACCAUUUUGUCUUGAUUUCAUUUUUUUUUCUCUCUUUCUCUUGACUCCCCCCUUUCCUUUUGUUUCUGUCCCCAAUCGCUCCAACCAUUUACCACACCGUUGUAGCCAUAUUGUAAAUGAAUAUUUUGGGGGUGAAAUUAAUAUCAAUCUUGAUCUUUUGUACUGUGAAUUAAA